CCUAUCGCAGAGGAUGCUGAGCUAGGUUUAAUUAAUGCUAUAUUUGCUGGCUAGUUGGUUGCGGACUGAAGUACAUUUGGUUGGAGAUUUUGUGGGAGUGGUUGUAAGCCAGUUAGAACAAAAUGUCAAGAAUCUCCAACUCUCGCGUGACUUACGUCAUCGCCGCCAUGUUUUGCUUGCUCGCGCUGGGCGUGUCAGGAGAAGAUAAAGAGAAAAAAGACGAGGUCGACACCGGAAACAGAUUUGUCUUCCCCUUCUACCCCAAGGAGCUGGACAUUUUGAUUGGCCACCUGCAGACAAAGCUUUACCGGAUCACGGAGAGUAUGGGCACAUGCCAGGAGAUUAACAACGGGAAUCACGAAGCCGGGAGCUACUUCAUCAACGUCUACGACGACGGCGGCGCCGACAGCCCGCCCAACGGCCGCAUCAGCAAACUGGAGAAGAUCGCCAAGCUGAGGGAGGAGGUCAAGGCCGCUGAGCUCAAGCUGGAGAAAUGCCGCUUCCAGUUCUGGGCAGGCGCCCGGAAGUAGGGGCCCGGUGACGUCAAGUGACGGUCGGUUGUCC